GCUAUCUGAAUGCUAAAAGUUGAACGGCCAUCCAUAUACCCUACUAGUCUGCAAAGCAAACGUACAUAUAACCGGCUGAACGAACCAGUCGUCAAAACAACAAGUUAUACACAAAUAUUUACGUCACCAGGAAAUAUGGAGUCACUCAGACGCGGAGUACAACGUUUAGGAUUAGUUUUAAAGAAUGGUCAGAGGAUUGCUAAUAAAGCAGCUGUACGACAAUCAUCAACUUUGCCUAGAUGUAAAGAAAUUAUUGGUAACAACGGCGAACGAAUUAUUUCCUCAUUCUAUGAAGACGUAGAAAUUCCUUCUGUCACAAUACCUGAAUACAUUUGGCAGAAUGUAAACAAAUGGGCGAAGAGAACUGCAGUGGAAUGUGGAAUUACAGGGAGAAAAUAUACAUAUGCACAAGCAAGAGACAAUGCUAAUUAUAUUGCAAGAAGUCUGAGAAAAAUGGGAUUGAGAGAAGGUGAUGUUGUGGCUCUCAUUCUCCCUAAUUUACCAGAAAGUCCAAUAUCAUUUCUUGGGAUCUUAGAAGCUGGUUGCAUCGUAACUACAGUUAAUCCAAUGUACACAGUUGAUGAAGUUUCAAGACAAUUACAUGCUUCAGCAGCUAAAGCAGUUAUUACAUCAGCAGAGAUUGCAGAAAAUGUUUUAAAAGCUGCAAAAGCGACCCUUCCACCAAAUUCACCAGUUAUUGUUGUUGAUGACGGGUUUCAAUCAGCGCCGGACGGCACGAUUCGUUUCCAAGAUAUUCUAACAAAAGGAAAAACACUGCCACAAGUUCCUGAAAAAUGUAGACAAUCACAAGAUAUAGCUGUGUUACCAUUUUCGAGUGGAACUACUGGCCUUCCAAAAGGAGUGAUGUUAACCCACUAUAAUCUAAUUUCGAACAUUGCUAUGACUGAAGGCAGCUGUGAUGUUCUAUCGGUACCAGAUGGUUUUCAAGACGUUGUACCUAUUGUUCUACCUCUUUUUCAUAUUUAUGGAAUGAAUGGAGUAAUGUUACCGAGAUUAACGGCUGGUUCUAAACUAAUUACAUUGCCAAAAUUUACUCCCGAGUCCUAUAUAAAGACAUUAGCAAAUAAUAAGUGUACUUUGCUGUAUUGUGUGCCACCAAUUGUGCUAUUUUUUGGAGCACAUCCUUUAGUCAAAACAGAAUACUUUGAAAAUGUAAGAUGUCUUAUCAGUGGUGCAGCACCUUUGGCUGCUUCAGACGUUGAAAGAGUACAAGAAAAAUUUAAAACAGCCGAAACACUGAGAUUCCUUCAAGGAUAUGGAUUAACAGAAUGCUCUCCAGUGUCAUUCUUUGAGAUGUCAAAUAAAAAGUUUUCGAGCAUUGGCCAUCCAAUAAGCAGAUGUGACGUACGCUUAGUUGAUCCAAUAACCGGGAGUGAUGUUUUAACUCCAGGCCAAACUGGAGAAAUCUGGAUCAAAGGUCCUCAUGUGAUGUUAGGAUACUUAAAUAAUGAAGAAGCUACAAGAGAAGUACUUCAAAAUGGAUGGUUAAAGACAGGCGAUAUUGCCUACUUUGAUGAUGAUUUUUCCUUUUUUAUUACUGAUAGACUGAAAGAGCUCAUUAAAGUGAAAGGAUUUCAAGUACCCCCAGCGGAACUGGAAGCUGUAUUAAGAACCCAUCCUGCCAUAGCUGAUGCAGCAGUAAUUGGAGUUCCGGAUCCAAGAUCGGGAGAAGUUCCUAAAGCUUUCGUGACCCUUAAGAAAAAUCAAACGUCUACUGCUGAAGAAAUUCAGAACUUUGUAAUAGGAAAAGUAUCUGAAUAUAAAGAACUUAAGGGAGGUGUUGCUUUUGUCGAAUCAAUUCCCCGAAAUCCUAGUGGAAAAAUAUUAAGGAUGCAGCUGAAGAAUCUCAGUUAGAGAUUAAAAAUAUUUUUUAUAAUUGUUUAUAAACAGUGAAACUCUGUUUAAUUAAUAAUUUACAAUAUAAAACAAAUGCACUGUGCCUCAAUUAAUUUGUAAAAAUAUGAAAAUGAAGGUGAAUGAAAGAUAAUAUCAAUUUUAAAGAGAAUUACACGACAAAAAAUAUAAGAUGAUUCAAGACCUCUUGUGCCUGUAAACUAUUAAAUAACAUAUUUAUUACUAAUAAGAACUUGUGAUUUCUGAUGAGAACUAUCUUAGCAGCAAUUAAGUGAUGUGAUUUUAUAAUUUUCUGUAAUAUAAUGAAGUUAAUACUUUAUUUUUAUUUUGUAUUUAAGAAAUUUUCUAACUGAUUGUAAUUAAUGUAAAUAAAAGAAAAUUUUAAGGGUUA